AUGGAGACAUCAAAAGAUGUGGAUGUUAUCUCCUACUUGGAAGAAAAGUUUCCUGAGCUUGAUCCAGACGAUGGCUUCAAAUAUCCGUGUAGAUAUCUGAUUGAUUCGUCUCACUUACCGGUAAGUUCUUAAUUUUGUCUGUUGAACUUCUUUAGGUGUUUGCGGAUGCUAUCCACACGCUGUUGGAGUUUGGAAUGAAUAUUUUGUUUUUUCCUGACGUCGAGGGAAUAACAAUAAAGAACUGUAACAUUGCCAGAACAGCAGCUGGAGAAGUUUCAUUCAAUACUGAGUUCUUCGGUGCUGUGAGGACAUACGAAUGGCCUGAAAGAUGUCCCUGUGCUUCAGUUUUGGUAAGGGAUGUGUUUAUGUUGUUGAAAAAGAUUGGCAAUCACAAGAACGUCGAGCAUCUUAUACUUGACAUGGAGCCGUUGGCUGAUGGUAUGAUUGGAAGGAUAACCUACAGAACCGAUGCUGAAACGACUAUCAUUAUGAAGACAUGUGAAAUAUACGCAAAUAGUCUGCCAAAGCAGGAAGUCCCGCCUGAGGUUACCAGUCUUCUGAAUAUAGCUGGGCGAGAGUUCAGGAAUGUUAUGGUAGCUUGUGGGAAGGGCAAAGAAGUAAGUUAUUUAUUUCAUUUAAAAACGCGUAAUAGGUAUUCAAGGUAACUUAUAACACUUAGAAAUGUCUUUCAUGUUUUGUCUUUGAAUUACAUUAUUCUAGAUAGGACUGUAUAUCUCACAAUAUGGGGCUGUUGCUCACACAAUAUGUAGUCGGGCUAUGAGAGCAAAAGCAAGUCAUAGUGUUAUUCAUAUAAAGGACCUGGUCAACGCUAUGGUAAUGAAGGAAGAAACGUUUGUUGAGGUAGGAAGAUGAACAGAUUCUUGAUUAGUUUAGGUAGAUGUGAAAGAUCUGUUGUUGUUGGCACAGUUUGCGGCUGCAAACGAUGAAGUUAUGAAGAUAUACUUCACGGACACAGAGGAGCCUUUGUUUGUUGUGGUAGACAUGAGUGGAUUGUGCAGUAUCACCUUUGUUUUGUCAACUGGAGCUGUCGAUUCGGUUAUGGUGAAGAACUUUGUUGGACAGAUGAUUCCGUCUUUAUAUCAGUAAGUUUUUUAAAGAUUUAAGUCAAUUCUUCGUUAAAUGGUAAGCUUUUUAAAAUGAUUUUAUGGUUUUAGUGAUGGGUAUUCUUCAUCGAUCAGGUUGAUAACUCAACUUCCGAUAGCUGAUAAUAAUGUUGAUGUGGUGCAGAUAGACACAGAUGGAUUGAAUGACGACCAGAUCAUGGAUCAUAGAGUUCUCGGUGUUAUUCCAAAACCAUUACCUACACAACCUCAAGUGAAUCGGGCUUAUGAAGAGCUUACUGGAUUGAGUCUAAAUGCAUGGAAUAUUCAUGGAGAAGUCACACAGCCUCAACUUGUUAUUGACGAGGCAUGUUUUAUUUAUACUUAAGGUUUUUAGCUUUUAAACAAACUUCUUGGAAUAUAACUUAUAUUUUGUUCUAGAACCCGAAGGAAGUGAUUAACAUAGAUGUCGAUAAGAACAUUGUCAGUCAGGUGGUUGAAGAGAUUGUCAUAGACGAACAGGAACAUCACCAUGUUAUUGAGCAAAACGAUGUAACUCAAGAGAUUUUUUAUGAUAAUAUUGAUGAUGGUCGACGACUUGUUCUCGAACUAAAUGAAACGCAUCAUGAUGUUGUUCAAGAUGAAUAUUAUGAAAAUCAAACUACCGAUGUGAUAAAAGAAGUGACAACUCAAAGUGAUGUUGUACAUGAUGGACGUACAGACAAAGACGUUGAAAAUCAUUAUACUGUUUUGGACAAUAACAGCGUUGAAGGUGAAGUAAAUGCUCACCUAGAUGUCGUUUUUGGUAAUGGUAUUACAGAUCAGCCAUCUAAUAUUGUACAUGAAAACCCUAUCUCCCAAAAGCGAACCCAGAGUCAGUUCUCUAUUCGUCGGUCUUUAAAAUUGAAGUCUCAAAGAGACUGUAUCUUGGACUUCUUGGAUCGGCCGGUGGACCAGAUUGAUGUUCGUACUGAGCAAGUAUUAAGAGAGAACACCGAAGUCAAGGUUGGAGGUAUAACUGCACCUGCUGAGAUUCCAGGUGUAUCAGAUGACAUAACAAUGGAACAUACGUCUUCGAAUUCAAAUUUAAACAACUCACUUUAUGAUUCUGUUCAUGACGUAUCUGGGCCUACCACUUCUCAAGAAGAUGCUAUAACUUCUAUAAGUCACGACACUAACAGCUUAAGGGAACGUCAAAGGUAUGCCUUGUGUCUUUAGUAAUGAAACAUGUUUGUUUCAAAACAUGACUAAUAUUAUGAGUUUGAUAUUAAUAUCAUUUUAGUGUGCAUGAGGAAAGCAAGCCCUACAGACACACGUUAUUCGAAGACAUUCCAGUUACUGACCCAUCCGAAUGUACAGAAGAGGCUUUUCUCCUUCAGAAAGAAUCCGAAUUCGUCCGUCCUGGACAUGACCGAAUACCAACACGAAUGGAAGGAGGUAUUAUCAUUAGUUUUACGAUUUAAUUGUCUUGAAAUAACAAAAGAGGAUUAAGUUAUUAUCAUCACAUUACUUUUAGGGGCUCUGGUAUCAGGGGAAGAGCCAGAGAUUGUACACUUUGUCAACUUGAGACCGCGACACUUUUGGGAAGAAGCAUUUGCAGUACGACCGGUGAAUACAGAUGACUAUGACGACUGA